AUGACUGGACGUCAUCCUGAAUCGCAUCACGUACUGACUCUGGCUUCAACAGGCGGCAAGGGUGGCAAGGGCCUCGGCAAGGGCGGUGCCAAGCGUCACCGCAAGAUUUUGCGUGACAACAUCCAGGGUAUCACCAAGCCCGCUAUCCGACGUCUCGCUCGUCGUGGUGGUGUCAAGCGUAUCUCUGCUAUGAUCUACGAGGAGACCCGUGGUGUCCUGAAGACCUUCCUCGAGGGUGUCAUCCGUGACGCCGUCACCUACACUGAGCACGCCAAGCGCAAGACCGUCACCUCCCUCGACGUUGUCUACGCUCUCAAGCGCCAGGGCCGCACCCUCUACGGUUUCGGUGGUUAA